AGACAUUUGUGAUGAUGAUAGUUGCUUUCUAAAGAAGAGUGUAAAAAUUUCUGGAAUAGUUUUUUGGAAAAACCCCUUUACUCACGUUCCUUGUGUGAUCAUCGUAGCAUUUGGCAAUGGAGAUGGAAGUGGAGAGAGUGGGAAACUCCUUGAAGAGAAAAGUUGAGGCCUUGGAUUCUGCACCACCUGAGGCUGAGCCUAUGGAUACAGACUCUGUGUCCAUCUCCAGAGAAUAUCAACUGAAGGUGUAUGAGGUUGCAAUGAAGAGGAACACUAUAGCAAUGUUGGACUAUGGGGCUGGGAAAUCUAUGAUAUCCACUAUGAUGAUCAAGGAAAUUGGGAGAACUUUGAAGAGCAAAGAUAGUCAGAGAAAGCUCAUUGCUUUCUUGGUUCCCACUGUUCAUCUUGUUCAUCAGCAAUUUAAGGAAAUACAGUCACAAACGGAUCUUCUCGUGGGGCAAUAUUACGGAGCUCUAGGAGUUGAUGUCUGGAAUGCGGAAACUUGGGAGAGGGAAAUCAACAACCUCGAUGUGUUGGUCAUGACUCCACAAAUCUUAUUGGAUGCUUUGAGGAAAGCGUGCAUAUGCUUUGAAGUAUUUGGUUUCAUCGUACUAGAUGAAUGCCACAGAGCAAGUGGCAACCAUCCUUAUGCAAAAAUAAUGAAGGAAUUUUAUCACAAAGCUCCAGUAAAACCGAAGAUUUUUGGGAUGACUGCUUCUCCCGUGGUUGGAAAAGACUCGAAUCAGCAAAUGGGGGAGCUUGAAAGUUUGUUAGAUUCCCAGGUUUUUACAUUGGAUGGCAGGGUAGAAGUAGAACUCGAGCAAUACGUUUCCUCAGCCAAGUCAGUGUGCAGAUUUUAUGAUCCGUCACCUAUCGAUUUGGAUAUCAAAGGGAAAUUAGAGUCUGCAAUGUCUAAGUUCAAUGCUGUUUUGCUCGAACUCGAAAAGUCCCUGCCACGUCAGCACACAGAAAUAGACAACGGAUGGAAGAUGUUAAAGGAUAGAAUGUCCAGCAAUAAUUCAAAUAUCAUAUUUUGCUUCGAAAAUCUGGGGCUGCUGUGCACUUAUGAGGCUGUAAAAGUAUGUAUGGAGAGUUCUCCCAUGGUUAAAGAAGAAUGCGAGGUUUUCAAGGAAAGUUUCGUACAAUAUGAAAAGUUUCUUUCGGAGGUUCUUUCAAUAAUCGAAGGAGCUUUAGAACAUAAAGAUCCUCAAAAUGUGAAGGGUGGAUUGGGAUCACUAGCUACAGGCCAAAUAUCUCCGAAACUGCUAGAGCUACUGGAAAUAUUUAGAUCGUUUGGGAAAGAUACAGAGCUCGUCUGUAUCAUAUUUGUGGAAAGAAUAAUUGCUGCUCAAGUAAUUGAACGAUUGAUGAAGAAAACAAACGAUUUCUCUCAUCUUAACAUAUCAUAUUCGACAGGAAGUAGCUCCAGUGUUGGUGUUGGCAGUCUUUCAUCCAAAGGACAGUUAGAUAUUAUUGAAUCGUUUCGUGAUGCGAAGGUAACUCUUCUGUUUUCUACGGACCUUGAGGAGGGAAUUGAUGUAUCCAAAUGUUCCUGCGUGAUUCGCUUCGAUCUACCAAAGACUGUUCGUAGUCACAUUCAGUCACGAGGACAAGCUCGCCACAAGGAUUAUCAUUACAUCACCAUGCUUGAGAGAGGAAACACCAAGCAAUUAGAUGAUAUGCUUUCUAUUGCAAGAAGUGAAUCUUCAGGGAUAGAUACGGCCAUUAAACGAGAAUCUACUGAUUCUCCACUUAAAGCUUGCAAUACAAAAGAAGUUGCUUCAUAUGUUGUCGAAUCGACCGGGGCAUCAGUCAAUGCAGAUUCCAGCAUCAGCCUCGUACAUCGAUACUGUCAAACACUACCUCUACACAAUUCCGUCUCCCCAAAGCCGACCUUCGAAUUUUCAACGGAGGGAAAUCUUCAUCGAUGCAAGCUGACUCUGCCACCCGAUGCAUCUUUCCAGACUUUAACCGGACCUGCAGCGGGCACUCCCAAUGCAUCAAAGAAGCUUGCUUGCUUGGAUGCGUGUAAGAAGCUGCAUCUGAUGGGCGGUCUCAAUGAUCGUUUACUUCCUUUAAAGAGAGGGUCGUUUCCUAAGAAGGAUUCCACCUUGAUAAGUGUACUUCCUUCAAAGAAAGUGCCGUUGCCUGAGAAGGAUUCCACCUUGAAGAGUGAAACGAAGCCGACAAAAGCCAAAGGAGUAACUCCAGGGGCAGGGACAACGAAGAGAAAGGAGUUACAUGGUUCAGUUCGCACCCGUCUUUUAUCAGGAACUUGGGGGGAUAAACUCGGCGAUGUCACUUUUCACGCAUACAAAAUGGACUUUGCUUGUAAUAUCGCCGAGCAAAAAUAUUCAAGUUUCGUGCUUUUGCUGGAGAGCGAGCUAGCCGAUGAUGUGGGGAACAUGGAAGUGGAUUUGUACUUGUUGUCCAAAUUCGUUAAGGCUUCGGUUUCUUCUUGCGGCCAAAUGCCUCUCAAUGCACAACAGGUGGCGAAAGCUAAAUGCUUCCAACAGCUAAUAUUUAACGGUUUAUAUGGGAAGUUGUUUGUCAAAUCAUCGGAAUCUAGAAAGUUCAUAUUCGAAACGGAUGAGUUGUCGUGGGAUCCAUCACAUAUGUAUCUACUUUUGCCCUUGGAAUCGAAGGAUAUAGAUACUGUGCGGCCGGUGAUCGAUUGGACGGGAAUUCAUUCCGCUGUUUCAACAAUCGAGUUUAUGAAAAAAAAUGCUCUGUUGAAUCUUCAGCAACGUGAAACAGUUGAUGAAGAUACAUCGCUUCAUAUGUGCGAAGAAGGGACUGAAAUGAAUAGCGAUACCAUUCACUUGGCCGACAGAUCUGCAACUAUAGAAGAGCUCAAGGAGAUGGUGGUGGUAGCCAUCCACACCGGCAGAAUCUAUUCGAUUGUGGAUAUUGUCGAGGGUACGUCUGGUUUCACCCCUUUUGAAGGGGGCUGUGAUGCCAGUUAUUCGUCCUUCGCUGAUUAUUACCACAAAAAAUAUGGUAUUGUUCUGAAGCAUCCACAACAGUCCUUGUUGCUUCUGAAGCAAAGCCAUAAUUCACAUAAUCUUCUUGUGGACUUCCGAAAAGAAGAGCGCGAUUCUUCGGAGAAAGAUGGCUAUGGGGCUGUCGAGACGAAGCCACAGCAACGUGCACACAUGCCUCCAGAACUCUUAGUUGGCACUGAUAUCUCGACGUAUAUCUUGAAGCCGUUCUACUUGUUUCCAUCGGUAAUGCAGCGGCUGGAGACACUAAUGCUGGCCAGCCAGCUUAGGGAAGAAAUCUCGAAUCGGGCAGGCUGUUGCAGUAUACCCAGCUCGUUGAUUCUAGAAGCUCUCACGACACAGAGAUGUAACGAGAGUUUCUCGAUGGAGCGACUAGAGUUGCUUGGAGACUCAUUGCUGAAGUAUGCCGUCAGCUGCCACCUCUUUCUGAAGCAUCCAGAGAUGUGUGAGGGGCAAUUGACUUUCAAUCGUACUCGGAUAAUCUCCAACUCAGCUCUCCAUAAAUUUGGAACAGAUCGCAAGCUCCAGGAAUAUAUACGAGAUUUCCCAUUUGAGCCACGCCGUUGGACUGCUCCAGGACAGCAUUCGAUAUGGCCAUCUCCGUGCGACCAUCAGUUGGAUACGAGGGAAGUUCCUCUCGAUGACAGAUUCUUUACCGAAAACGCUGUGAAGCUUGGAAAGACUUGUGAUAGAGGUCACCGUUGGCUUGCUUCAAAGACCAUAUCUGACUGCGUUGAAGCUCUCAUCGGGGCAUACUAUGUCGGUGGUGGUCUGGCUGCUGCCGUUAGUUUUAUGAAGUGGCUCGGUAUAGAGGCCGACUUUGAUCAUUCUUUAGUAGAGGACGCUAUCAGAACCGCGUCUCUCUAUUGUCAUGCCCCAAAAGCAAAGGAUAUCGAUGCCCUAGAGUCGAAGCUCGGGUAUAACUUCUCCACCAAAGGUUUAUUGUUGGAGGCAAUAACGCAUGCUGCCCAAACGGAAGGAGGCGUUCACUAUUCCUAUGAGCGCCUCGAGUUUCUUGGUGAUGCUGUGCUGGACAUACUUGUUACACGUCAUCUGUACGAGAGCCACAGCAAAGUCGACCCCGGGCUGCUCACAGACAUGCGUUCUGCAUCGGUGAAUAAUGACAAUUUCGCCCUUUCUGCAGUGAGACGGAACCUUCAUCCACAUCUUCAGCGCGUCUCCUCGUUGCUCAAGGAUCAAAUUUCGGAGUUUGUCAGUCUUGUAUCCACCAUGAGCACCUCAGCAUUGACACCAGAUAUCAAAGGUCCUAAGGUGCUUGGGGACUUGGUGGAGAGUAUCGCUGGUGCAGUGCUUAUCGAUUCUAAGCUCGAUCUGGAUGAAGUUUGGAGAGUCUUCAAACCCAUACUAUCGCCUCUCGUGACUCCUGAGAAACUCGAACUGGCCCCUUCGCGCGAGCUGACUGAGCUGUGCGACUCUCUCGGUUACUUCAUCAAAGAGCAUUACUUAACGGAAAGUGAUCUUGUGCACGCGAGACUGAAGCUGCAGCUCGAAACCGUGCUCUUAAAUGGACACGGUUCCGGACCUACCUCAAAAGCUGCAAAGGGAAUGGCAGCUCUUCAGCUAUUACAGAAAUUAGAGUCGAGGGGAAUAAGAUCAUCCAAGCGGCCAAAGCACGACUCUGAUUCAGAGCCCCCUCUGCUUCCAAAGCAAGAGAGGGACGUAGAUUCAUCCGGGACAGAGUGCUCGUCUCAAAAGGCGGACGUUCCAGUGAUUCCACAGAUCGAGACGAAGAAAGGGGGGCCUCGGAACUCACUCUACGCCCUAUGCAAGAAACUGCAGUGGCCAAUGCCUAGUUUUGAAACAACAGAGACAAAAUCAAGAACGGCCUUAACGUUUGGAGACAUGACGAGCUUCUGCAGCUUCGAGUCACGAAUCAGCUUGACCAUACCUGACUCUGGCAAACUGGAGCUCAGCGGCGAGGCCAGAGGCGAUAAGAAGAGCUCGUACGACACUGCUGCAAUUGCGAUGCUGCGUGAACUCGAGAGACGGGAGAGGAUCAGAAUAGGCGAAUGACCGGUGAAGAUGAGCAAGGAGGAAGGUAGAGUGUACAUACAUUGGUUAGGAACUAAGGGUAAUGUAUUACUACUGUUAGAAGGAAAUCAGGAGCACAAUAUAUGGAAUCAAAUCAUACCAUAGAUAGAAUACAAAUAAAUGUAAAUUAGGUUUACCAUGUAUAGAGAUAACCUAGUCUAUAUAAGCUCUAAUCCUUGUACAUAUUUUUGUGUGAAAUAAGAUUGAAUGAUUCUACCGAUAUUUA